AUGUCAUCGGGUGUAGUGAGGAGGGACCGCACCCGGAGAGUGCCAGAUCACUGCCACGCGCUUCUCAGGUCAGCACGGCAAGACGGGCGUGUUUCAGCUAGUGCCAAACUUGCCCCCGUCCUCUUCCUAUCGCACGGCACAGCAGCUUUGCUACAGGAAGAUUCCCGAGUUCGUGACUACUGGAAAAAGCUCGGUCAAGACGCACUUGAUCAUGGAGUCAAGGGGGUCAUUAUAAUGGGCGCCCACUGGAAUACAGCAGGGGACGACCACCGCAAGAUACAGGUUGCCAUGAAUCCCAACCCGGACUUCAUGCCGCUAAUUGCGUCUGAUCCGAAGCUUUCGGAGGGAUUCAAACCAAACACGGACCUCAAAACCGGCCAGAGGGUCAUCGACAUGCUAUGCAAUGCCGGCGUCCACGCGGAGGCUGACACCAACUUCAGCUGGAUGAUUGACACCCAGAUCGCGCUUGUUGGCAUGUUUGGCGUCAAGACUCCCCCGACCACCAUCAUCUCUCAAAACUCCUAUCGGGACCCCUUUUUCCACAGCCAACUUGGGCAGAUCUUGCGGCCUUUGCGCAAUGAGCGGUACCUGAUCAUCGGGUCGGGAGGGGGCACGCAUAACCUAUACCGCACCGAGUGGAAGUACUCCCUCGGCUGGAAGGAUGUUUUUGCCAUGGAAAGCCCGCCCGACGACAAGACACUCGAGUUCCGACAGUCCAUUGAAGAUGUCUUUUGCAAAAACGGUGCUGGUCCGAAGUUGAGGCGCGGACUCGCCCGGUUGAUGAAGCAUCCGUACUUCCGCGACGCUCAUGGUACCGAUGAGCACUAUGUCUCUGCGUGCUUUGCUGCGGGGGCUGUGGGUGAGCGCGAGGACGAAGGCACCAAGACUGUUCUUGGAGCGGAGGUGUGGGAACUUCGCUCCCAGUGUGAGCAGCAGUAUGUUAUUGGGAAAUGGCCAGCCUCGUGGAGGAUUGCAGCGGCAGACCGUUAA